UUGAAUCGGGCUUUCGAUCGGCAACGUUUUCGUAUAUUUUGAUGCGCGGUGGUUGCAGCUGCUGAUUUUCGAUAGAAUAAAUGUACGACUGAUUUCCCAGUCGUUCAUGCUGCUGUAUGUUGAAUUGUGUUGCUAAAAUCAACAGGAUCAGAACAAACAAUCAAUCCAUAACGAUUGAUUCCGUCAAUUACUUACAUUGAAUCAUACGCAUCAUAUGACUUUAUUCUACUGAAAGCCAUACAAUUAUAUAUUGUGUUCUACAAAGUGUGUGACGUGUGUGCUACGAAUGUUGAAUAUUGCCGGAAUUCGUCGUGUUAUAACUAUGUUUGGGUCAUGCAUUGGUCAAAAGCAGAUUAAGUGUUCUCUCCCUGUUGAUGCGAGAUUCGCGGGGUAUUUGGGAUCGUCUAAGCUAGGUUUCACAAGAGCUUUGCGAGCCACCGGCAACAAGUUUUAAAGCAGCAAAUCAGGGCAUAUCAGUGAGCAACGACGUGUAGUGCCUGCAUGUCAAAAGAUUCCUCGGAUACAACAACCUAUUCGUUGCAGCGAGCGUUGCGAGUGCGUGACGCUCGUGAGUGAGUGCAGUAUUGAUAAAGUGUAAACGUCGGCUUCAGUGUAGUGAGGUUCCGGACGCAUCAUAAAGCAUCUCAGAAGAAGUGAUUAAAAGACAAAGAACGUUGUAGAAAAUGCGUGAAUUCAAGGUUGUUGUUCUCGGAUCCGGAGGAGUGGGCAAAUCUGCCCUGACCGUGCAAUUUGUGUCUGGGUGUUUCAUAGAAAAAUAUGAUCCAACGAUUGAGGAUUUCUACCGAAAGGAGAUCGAGGUGGAUAACUCUCCGUGUGUGCUUGAAAUUUUGGACACAGCCGGUACCGAACAGUUCGCGUCAAUGCGAGAUUUGUAUAUAAAAAAUGGGCACGGCUUUAUCGUUAUGUAUUCUCUAACAAACCAUCAGACAUUUCAGGAUAUCGCCAGUAUGCGUAACGUGAUCAGUCGUGUGAAAGGUAGUCAGCCAGCACCAAUACUCCUAGUCGCAAAUAAGCUAGAUUUAGAUUGCCAAAGAGAAGUUUCCACGGCCGAAGGCAGUGCCCUGGCAGAGCAAUGGGAUUGUCCGUUCAUCGAAGCGUCAGCAAAGGAUCGCAUCAACGUGAAUGAAGUGUUCGCCACCGUCGUAAGAGAAAUGAAUAUGACCUCCGAGAAACGCCAGAAGAAAAGUUACUGUUGUUGUACGUUAUUAUAGAACUGGUAUAGGUGUCAUUUUAAUCUUACUAAUCAUAAAUAAAUAAAUAAUAAACAAACACACACACACACUAAUACAUUAUGGAACAAUGCUGCGAAAGAGAUGUGUGGUUAAUAGCCUAAAAGGAACUACCCGGCAAUUUUAUUUCGCGCACAAGGUUAGGGAUAGAAAUCCGUCAUCAUUAGAGGUUCAUAAAACUUCAGAAGACAGAUUUUUGGAUGAUUUUCUUACAUGGUGGCAGUUGAAAGUGUGUUUGCGCUGACUACAACCACUACUAAACAAACCGACUGAAUCAUGUACUCAAAUGGGUAUAAAGGAUCGAAUAUACACGCAAAAUCAACUCAAAAGAGAAAAUGCAGGAAAUAUAUGUAAUAUAACGAAGAAAAAUGAUGGAGAGAGGAUGGAUUAUUCCAUUCGGGAGGACCAACACUAUCUUCCCCAUAGUGGUAUAACGUUUGCCCAGGAAAUAAGAAUGAAGAGAGCACCAAUAUUAGGCAUAAUAGCGUUAAAAAGAGAAGAAAAACGAAAAUGCACUCACAUGGAAGAUGGUCAGGGAUUGGAAAUCAACAUUAAUGGAGGACAUUCGAUGGAUGGGUUUAUCAGAGAAAAAAUAUGACGGUUAAUAACUGAUAAUACUAAGUUGUGUGUGUGUGUGUGUGAAUGAAAGAGAGAGAGAGAGAGAGGGAGAGAGAGAGAAUGUGUGUGGUAUGAUUAACGUGGAACGAACAGGAGAUUAGCUAAACACACAUCUGGUCAGCACGGCCAUGCACAUAGAAGACCCCAAAAUGAUAUCGAAUUUCCUGUCAAUCUACUUCCAGUACUGUUAAUGCAAACACUGCAAUUCCCGUAGCGCGUAUCGUUUGUGUGUCGCCGUGUAUGUUAAAUGGAAUUAUUAUUUUAUCAGACGACAUAGGGGUACAUACAUUCAUGCAUGGCAAAGUAACCGAUGGUUUCAUCAUUUGUAAUGUUGAUGCUCAUGGUUCAUGGUUGCGCCGGGUCAUUGGUAUAAGAACACCGACUUAUAGGGAUUAUUCCGAUGAGGCGAUGGAUCAGUUUGCAGUUAUUUUUUUUAAUCACGUUUUGACACCUGUUGUCUCCGCCACGCAGGAGGAGAUAAUGAACGUCAAAAUGAACAAAAUAAACAUAUCGUUUCGGGCGAGAGCUAUUGUCUCACCGGAAUAAAACCGUAUGUUUCAAAAUAUUGAUGAUUAAUGUCAUAUACAAACUCUUCAAAAAACUUUACAUUUUACAUAGGUUUUCAGUACAGUUACAUGUUAAAGUAAGCUGUCGUAAGAAUAACUGUUGUGAUUAUGGUGUAGAUUCCUACAGGGCGAUAAAUAUCACCUCACGAUUAGAUAAUUUUGGCUAUCAUUUAGAUCAUGUCGCAUCCGCCGAUCAUGGGCGCGAAUGAAUAUAAAAUUAAUCAAAUGACCACAUCGCCUCAGGCGAUAAUCAUCUUACGGGAAUCGAAACCUAUUUCCUUUAUUUGUUUCUGUUUCAUGUAAAAACUAUACAUAACAUGUAUGUGCCAUUUCUUGAUGAUGGCCCCGCACUUCCGUUUUGUACAAUGGGACUACAUUCUUCCCAUUUGUUGAUCGUUAUGUCGUCGUUUGUGUCAAGAGUUAUUUAGUUAAUUUGAUAAAUUGUCUUAUAUGGGCCCCUAUUGCGAAAAUUUCGAUAACACUAUCGAUCAACAAGAGUGAAUUUUUGAAUGUACUUUCCUGGCAAAUGAAUGCAAAAAUGUACACUUAUCUGGAGUCUGCUCAAGGUUAUGUGCUACUUAACAAUAGGGUUAAGAGCAAUUCGUUAAGAGGACUUCAUUUCCUUCCCUCAAUAGUCACUAGCAAAACAGAAAAGUACCAUUAAAUCGUUGUAAUAUUUUAUUACCAUUUGCGUCCACACUACUAGAAUCUACGGCUAGACUCUAGAGAGGAUAUAUAAACAUAUGACCACAUGACCACACAUGUAUGUAUGUAUCCUUUUUCAUUCAUCCUUUUUCUAGAAUCUAUCCUAGAUUCUUUUAGUCUGAACAAGCGGUUAAACAGAACGAGACCAGCAGAACAUUCAAAACGUUUCUCGUGUAUUUAGUUUUUCGCAUAUAGUACUUGUUUAAAUAUAAAAUAAUUGAAACGAAAUGUUUUUACUUCACCUUUUUAGUCUAUUUAGGUCUGUGUUCUUUUCCAGUGAGCUGGUGCAUGAGGCGACACACAUACACACACACACACACGCACACACUCACAAUUGACCGUGCAUACAUAUGAUUAGACAUUAGAGGACAAAAACGAAAUUCCCCAUAAUGGAACGCUAUGUUCGGUCUUGUAAAAAAUCACAAAUCGAAUUAGCUCAAAAUGAAGCAAAGAAAAGAUUCGCAGGAUUACGAGCAGAACAGAAACACAAAAGUACUAUUUUUAUCGUAACAGUUUUUGUAUACAAAGAAAUAGAAGAAGUAUGAGAAAAUGUGUAAUGUGUGAUCAAAGGAAAUAGUCAAAUGAUACGAUGGUGGUAAUCUAGGGUAAGUAAUGAUGAGUUACAGAGAUUACGGUUGCCGGUGUUCGAAUAUGCGUUUUGAAGAUUCUGCACAUACACUUUGACCGAGCAUCUAAAGGGCAGCAGGGCAUGAGAACAAGAGAAUCGAAGAGCAAAGAAGGUGUUUUACAAACAGGCUCAAGAAUAGAAGAAAAAUAGAACGGUAUGAUAAUGAUGAUAUAAAAGUAUAAAGCUUUUGAGCUGGAGCUAUUUUGAGGAAAUUUCCUAUGGCAUCUGAGGAAAUAUGAAUAGAACGUCCCCAUGGAAGAGAGAAAGAUCCAAACCAAAUGCUCUUGAUUAUAAUGCUGUGUGUGCGCAUUGGAUUAGUAGUGCAAAUUGCCGAGAUAUCCAGCCGAGGUUUCGAUUACUCUAAAUCGAAGAUUUAAAUGGUGCGCUAAGAUUGCAACAAAAUAAAGUGUACGUUUACGAUGAGUAA